AUGACCUCUCCUGAUGAACCAUCUCUUCAUAAGGUAAAGUCCGCGCCCGAUUUGGACGCCAAUGAUCGACUCUAUAAACUUCAAUAUCAUGACUCAGAUAUCUUUGAAUGGGAUGAGAAUUCAUCAAGAGACUACAACUCCGUUGAAGAUGAUGUGAACGCGCUGUCUCUGUCGACGGGUCAGAAGUCAUCAUUCGUGGGCAUAUCAUCAGUUGCUGCAGCCAUAAGAGCUUUAACAAGGGUCUUGCCCACACACUUCAAUGAGCAAAAGCCGAUGAAUCUGAAGUCCUCGCCUUCUGUAUUUGAAACACCACUAGCGGAUAUGCCAUUGCUAAAUUUCAAUCGCAUCGCCUCCUACCGUGAUGAACAACGACUUAUCGAUGCAUACUUUGCUACCAUCCAUGUUUUUGCCCCUAUAAUCCAUGAACCCAGUUUUCGCAACAAGUAUCUGACCAGUCAUGAUUGUCAAGACCGAUCCUGGCUUGCUCUUCUCAAUAUGGUACUAGCCCUUGGAAGUGUUGCAUCUUCUCCAGGAGAUUCCGACGAAGAUUGUCGAUUUUACCAUUUGGCUCAGCAAUGUCUUUCCUUGGAGAGCUUUGGCAACGGACGACUGGAAACUUUACAGGCCCUCGUGCUUAUGGGAGGGCAAUAUCUGCACUUUCGAAACCGGCCGAACACGGCAUCUGCCAUCAUAGGAGCAUGUUAUCGCAUUGCAAGCGGUUUAGGACUUCAUCUCAAGUUGCCAGAAGACUUUCACGGUCAUUUUAACCUCCCAGAAGAAAUAAAAAGAAGGAAUUGGUGGACAAUUUAUGUUCUAGACACGUGGGGGUCUGUGACACUUGGGCGACCGUCAGUUGCGGUCGGGGCGAUGAUUGACCUCCCAAGUAAUAUCUUGGAUGAUCAAAGAGGAGAACUUUCACCUUCAGAACCCACGAUUCAUUCUCCUUUGAUUCACAAUAUUCAUCUGUGCAAGAUAAUUAAUCGCAUUCAAGACCGACUUCUUGUCAGUUCUAUACUGAGUCACGAUGAACUACAGUUCUAUGAUAAAAUGCUGGUGUCUUGGUUUGAGACCCUUCCUUCUUUUUUGAAAUCUUCGGGUGCGAGUGCCCUGGAUUUGCAAGAUGCCCGUCUUGUUCUUAAAUGGCGCUAUCAAAACAUUCGAUUUCUCUUACAUCGCCCUUUGCUUCUCGAUACAGUAAUCCGGAAAACACCAUUCUUUUGCCUUUCUUCCAACGAAAAGGCCAUCGUUUCUCGCUGUAGGGAAAUCGCAGCAGAAUCUAUUUCCAGCAUCCAGACAGAGUGGCGUCCCAACAAAAUCUGUUGUUGGAAUGCAAUUUGGUUCAUUUUUCAAGCCUGUCUGAUUCCUUUGAUGGCAUUAGCCGUAGAGUCGACAGAGCAUACACAGUACCGAAGCUGGUGUCAUCAAGUCGAGGUCGCAAUCACAGUAUGUGAUGAAAUGUCGCGGUUUAGCCCUGUAGGCCAGCGGACAAAGAUCUUUUUACAGAAACUCUACUUCGCAGUGGCCGAGGAUGCUAUGCAGACAUCCAUGAGCUUUGGCGCCACAGAAGCCCCACCUUCCUUGGAUACAAUCAUGGGCAUCUUUGCUGGUGACUGGGAAAGUUCCAACGGAGGUUUUUUUCCGCAGCUGAAUCCGAGUUGCAUUUCCGAUAUGGACGAUCAAUUCCUUCUCGCCCAGUACCAAUCAUACUCCUGA